GCACAUCACGGCGGAGUCUGUUUCUCUUGGAAUUUAAGCGUGGGAAUUAAUCACAUUCAUAGCUCACUGUUAAAUUUUUCGCGGUCUUCAAAACUCCUUAAAAUAGGUGUAAUUACGCAGUAUAGGCAGUGUUUUUCGAAGCAGUAUUUUACCGGUCUUUGAUGAGAAACAUAUAAAAAACAGUUUUUAAUAUUUGUUGCUUAAGUUAUAAAUUAUUAUCUAUUAUUCUCCGUUGACGAUGGAUACAACCGUGUACGUUCUUCUGUUCAUCAGCGUGGCCGCGGUGCCGGCGCUCAGCUGGUACGUCCCUCCUUUCGGCGCGCGUAUGGACGCCGUGUAUGCCUUUCAAACCCCAGACAACGGCGCCCCGGCCAAACCCCCGGCACCCGCCAUCCCACCGCCCGCCAAGCCGGUGACCGGCAAGACACACAGCGAGAAGACCAAGGAUAAUGUGAAGAGCGCCCAAAACGCCGGUGAUCUGCCAAUUGCCUUUGACGCGGGGGCCACUACCGUCGCCGCUGCCGGCGCCACCACCAACGCUUCGAAGAGCCUGGCCGUGUCCGUGCAAGUGCCAAGUUUGACGACCCUGUACGGCGGAUUCUUCACUGGUUUCUUGAUGUUGGAAGGAUACAUUCGCUUCGAAUUGUGAGCCGUAAUUUUGUUGUCUUGUUAGUUUUUCUUCGUUUGUUCAGCCUGGGAUCACUUUCUUGUUUCCUUGACCUGUAUUUGUGUAAACUAGUUUUGUCUUUUUUCUUGUUUUUGUGUAGCAUUGUGUACCUAAUAUCGAACGCAUACCAAAGAUAACUGUUGUUGUGAAAUUGUGUCUUUUUUUAUUCGUCAAAAUAAAUGGAAUUAAAUUUUAUGCAUUUUG